AUGAAAUAUUCCUGGUGGUGUGCGGCAUCCCUUGCCGCACCGGCAUGGGCCAAGCUCACCCUGGUGCCGCGCGAUGCGCCCGCGGUGGUGGAAAUGAGUACGGAGCGAAAUAGGAUCUCGAACCCGGUGGCUCGGGAUCAAACGCGACGGAUGAAGCGAGCGAAUAGCGUGCAGGUCACGUUAGAUAAUGAGCAAACACUUUACUUUGCCAACGUCAGUCUCGGCACACCCAAGCAAGAUCUUCGCAUGGUCAUCGACACCGGCAGCAGUGAUCUCUGGGUCAAUGCGCCCAAUUCAACUCUGUGCGAAAACAAGAAAAACCAGUGUCAGAUCUCGGGGACAUACGAUGGCAGCUCCUCGUCGACCUACAAAUACGUGAAUCCGUACUUUAACAUCACGUAUGCGGAUGGAUCCCAGGCGGCCGGUGAAUAUGCCUCGGACACCCUGCAUAUUGGUGGUGCCACGUUGAAGGACUUUGAAUUUGGGAUUGGGUAUAUUUCCAGCUCUCCUGCCAUCGUCCAAACCUCCCACUCAACGUACAACAACCUCCCCAAAGCCAUGGUGGACAGUGGGCUCAUCAAGUCCAACGCCUACAGUCUGUGGCUCAACGACCUAGACGCCAACACAGGCUCCAUCCUCUUCGGAGGCGUCAACACCAAGAAAUACCACGGCUCCUUGCAAACCCUCCCCAUUGAGCCCAUCCGCGGCAUCUACGCCGAAUUCAUCAUUGCCCUCACCGCCGUCGCCAUGACCAACUCCUCCGGCACCACCACCUACAACACCCAAGCCCUCCCCAGCGCCGUCCUCCUCGACUCCGGCAGCUCCCUUUCCUACCUCCCCAACGACAUCGUCCGCCUCCUCUACAACGACCUCGACGUCGCCCUCGACCAAAGCGGCAACGGCUAUCUCCCCUGCCGCCUCGCCUCCGAGGACAUCAAGGUCUCCUUCACCUUCACUUCGCCGACCAUCGAGGUUUCCAUGUCCGAACUCCUCCUCGACGUCGGCUCCGGUCUGACCUUCAACAACGGCGACCGCGCCUGCGCCUUCGGUAUCGCGCCCGCCGGGAACUCCAUGGCCGUCCUAGGCGACACCUUCCUGCGCAGCGCAUACGUCGUCUACGAUCUCGCAAACCAUGAAAUCUCCCUCGCCAAGACCAACUUCAAUUCCACCGAGGAUCACAUCGUCGAGAUUGGCACGGGGACCAACGCCGUUCCCAGCGCGACCGCCGUCAACAACCCCGUGACGAGCGUGGCUGGGGAGGGCAGCGGCGGUCCGCGCAUUGGAGGCCCGCAUAGUGGAACGGGCGUGUUUUCGGCGGCGACGGCCGCAGCGACGACGACGUCGAAGGGAGGUGCGGUGGCUCGACCCACGGCGAUGCCGGGACAAUUGGCUGCGUUGGGCAUGGUUGGUGCCGGAGCGCUUCUUGUGUUGUAG